CUCGUUGAAUCUCUCUGCCCUACGCAUUGCCCUGGCUUUCAGUUCCACGCUCGUUGCUAGAAAUCGAAGUUUGAAACCCUGAGGCACGGCAUACGCACUCACGAAGACAUCGUCGUCACUCAAUUCGUCGUUUCUGCAGCUCCACGACAAGAAGCUGCACGUGCUUCAUAAUAUCCUCGCGUCAGAAGUAUCAAUGUACGAAAGUUUUGUUUUACACCACGGCCUGCGCUUGUCGGUCAUCUUCCUCGGUGCCAUCGCUUGCGGGGGGAAAAUGUGUGUAGCCAAAAUACGCGCCGGUACGAGCCAAGAAGGUGAACAGAUAGUUGGAGUCGCCGUCGUCUUCCGUCCAGCUAGAGAUCAGAAUUGCACGCCCACGCUUGGUGAAAAGCAGGCCCUGUACAUGCUUUGGUACAUCGGCGGAAAGAUGAAGGAGGAUAUCAUCCUCUGGUAUCCGUGUCAUGGUUUCACGGUUGUAGGCGAACAGCGUCGGGGCCACCAUGCCGUCCAUGUCGAAGCGGGUUGGGUAGAGACGGCGAUUGAGCGGGUUUAUGGCCAGUCCCGAGAAGUCGUUAUUGGUCGUGCUGACCGGCAGACGGAGCUGCUCCCGGAGGUUUUCGCCGUUAGAAGAGAUGUACCAGUCUGCCCCGUCGGUAGCGAGGCCCUGUGCCUCAUUUGAGCAGCCAUUAUUCUCGAGCCCUAGUAGAACCGGCGAUAAUACCAGUCAUGCGGGCGGGGAUUGUCC